UAGAGACUGAGCCCUCGGGGAUAGCUAUCUGAAGCAGGUGUAGCUAUCUACCUUCAUCUCAGUAGCACUGGUCAGGGAGGAGAGACCUGAUUUUCAACCCAGCCCUUGUCUGUGACUAAAUAUGUACGGAGUGUCAGCGAGAGAUCAACACAUUACACAGAGCAGAGAGAAAGCGGCAGAAAAGCAUAAAACCAACUGAGUGAAAAUUGAUUAAAAGAACCAUGAAAGGAAUACUUAAAGUGAAGAGCAUGGUCCGUGAAAAGGUGACAAUGGCCCCAGGUUGGGACAGUGAAGACGAGGAAGAUGGGUCCCCGGGAAACCGAGCACAAAAAAUGUUAAGUACCGUGACUGGGAUGGUCCAGACCGCGCGCAACCGGCAUGGGCCCGACAAGAACGCGGACGUCAGCCAUGAAACAUUGCUGCAAAAAGAAAUGGAUUUUCAUGUAGCGGCAAAGAAGAAUGAUGUCCCAACUAUGAUGAGCCUCAAGGACCAGAGAAUUAAUAUUAAUUCCAAAAAUAAUUUAAAUCGCACAGCUCUUCACUUUGCAGUCGCUGGGAACAAUCUGCAAGCAGUAUCAUUCCUUCUCCAUCACAAAGCCCGCGUAGAUAUCGUAGAUAAGCAUGGCCUGUGUGUACUCCAUCUCGCGGCAUGGUCUGCUGACCUCACCGUCUUCCAAAUGUUGAUCAAGGCAGGGGCAGAUCAAAAAACUACUAAUGAGGAUGGAAUGAAUGUCCUGCAUUUUGCUGCUCAGAAUAAUAAGAACGCUAUUGUAGACUAUCUCCUCACAGAACUACAGCUGCAAGACUUGGACAUCCUAGAUAAGAAAGGCAGGAAACCAUUUCAUCUGGCAGCUGAGGCAGGGCACCUGGAAAUGAUCAAUAAUCUACUCACCUUGAAACUGUUCACACCUGAGAAAGAUAAGGAGGGUAACACUGCCUUGCAUCUGGCAGCAAAAAACGGACACAGAGACGUAGUGGAAACUUUAAUAGAGCGUUAUGAAAAUAUUGAUGAUCCUAAUGAGAAAGGAGCCACGCCGUUUUACUUAGCAGUUGAAGGAUGCCGUGAAAAGCGCAUGGAUCCGCUACUGAUGGCGGAAAGUGAUAACCCUACAACACACGUAUGCCCACAGAAUGAAAAAGUCAAACAGUGCCAUGAAGCGUGUGCGGAACUUCUAUUGACGGCGGGAAGUGAUAUUAACACGACAACACACGACCGUUAUGGAGCGUUACAUAUAGCAGCAGAGAAUGGUUGUAUAAGCCUCAUCCGCUUUCUUAUAGAAAACAAUAUUGACAUGAAUCCCAAACCUGACGAUAAGAACCCUCCGUUACACCUAGCGAUUCUAAAGGAUCACAUGCCCAUAGUGGAUGUUCUUCUGGAGAGUGGAUAUAACUUCAACGCCAUCAACAGUAGACAGCAAACUGCUCUACAUCUCGUUGCUGAAAACAAUAACAUAGAUCUGGUGGAAAAACUUCUCAAGAUAGGAUGCGACCUCACGAUUGUAGACAAGCAAGGAAAAACAGCACUUGGAGUGGCAGCAAGAAGCAACCAUACUCUCACUGUUGAUAUGAUCAUUAAAGCAGAGAGAUACUACAUGUGGAAACAGGGCCUUAAAGAAAAUAUCCAAGAGGUACAUCAAGAUUCUUCUAUAAACUUCAAACAAGAUCACAGUUUGAAAACCAGUCAGAUCAGAGAUGCUUUGUGGAGUUUGGCAUAUAAUGAAUUCAAGCCACCCGAGUGGAAAAAGUUGGCUCAAUUAUGGGAAUUCUCAGAGCCACAGAUUAAAGCCAUCGAAGAGCAAUGGACAGGGCAAGCAAGUUAUAGAGAACACGGUCACCGGAUGUUGUUGAUUUGGUUGCAUGGCGUCUUACUGACAGAACGGCAUCCGGUUAAAUCCUUAUAUGAAGAUCUGGUGCAGUUAGGACACCAUAAACUAGCUGAAAACUUCAGAAUACAGAGCACAAAUGGUAUAAAUUCUAAGAAAUGCCUGAUUUCCUGAGGCCAAUGGAAUGAAAUGAUGAGAAUAAUAGCCCAGGGUGUUCUGAGCACCUCCACUGCCAUGAUGUCAAUUUAAAGACUUUAACCGGCUACCAUUCAAAACGCUGGACAAUUCUGUGUCUAGCCAAUGUAUAUUUAAACAGGAUUUCAGGAAAUAUGGUUAUAGACUGAGCCCAACAAGUUACAGCACGGAAGUUCACCCAGUGAUUACAUUGUUCAGAUCUUCCAUUGUCCCUGUACACAUCUCUCUCGUAUGCACUCAGGUGUACACAAAGACUAGAAAAGAGACUUUGUAGCUUCAUACAAGUAGAUGUCUGACAGUCUCCUAUUGAGGGAUUUGCUUUUACAGGAAUGGUUGUUGCAGUUCAUCAAUAUGUAUUUCACCUCCAAACUCACUCAUACAGAGAACAUUGGCCCAUCUCAUGCUUGUCCGGAUGGAUUACCAGUGGUUUAGGAAUGGCUGAUUACUGAAAGUUGAGUAAUGUGAAUAUCAGUAUAAUGUAAACUGGACUAUCUGUGGUCUUUCAGCUUAUCGGAGAACUGCUGAACACCAAACUAUACAUAAA